AUGCUGCACAUAGCUGUCAAGCACCGUCAAAGAGAAAUCUUCAAGUGGCUACAGGAUCAACCAGAGCUUCCCUCACUGGCUUCUCGAGUUACUCAAAGUAAUCGCACGGAAUUACACCAAGUUGCGAGGAUGGAUUAUUACAGAGGAUCACCCAUACCUGGCUCAGCAUCCCAACUUCAAGAAGAGCUGGAUUGGUAUAAACGAGUGGAGAAGAUUGUUCCAUCUCACCUUCACUUGCAUUGUGACAAAGAUCUACUAACAGCAGGAGAUCUUCUGGACAUAGAGCACGAUCAGAUGCUUGCAGACGCCCAACAAUGGAUAAAAGAUACCUCUCAGUCUUGCUCCACGGUCGCAGUCCUCGUGGCGACGGUGGUAUUCGCGGCGGCCUACAUCGUACCGGGCGGGACCGAGGGUGGCUCCGCGCUGCUCUCCAGGGCUCCGGUGUUCAUAUUCUUCACCGUCAUGGACAUCGUGGCGCUUGCCUUCUCCUUGGCUUCGGUGGUGAUGUUUCUUUCCAUCCUCAACGCGCCAUUUGAGCUGUGGGAUUUCCACAGGUCCCUGCCACCGAAACUGACCACAGGAUUUGCUUUUCUGUUCUUGUCGUUGACCUGCACGAUGCUUGCUUUUAGUGCUACCAUUUUGAUCACAAUAAGGUUGCCAUGGAAGCAAUGGACUUCGACUCUGGUGUACAGUGCUGCGCUCUUUCCUAUCACCGUAUUUACCUUGAUUGAGUUCCCACUUUACAAGAAUAUUUGGAGCAUGUUGUCCAAGAUGUUCCCCAAGCGAUGGAAGAAGAUGAUUCCAAUUGGUCGAUUAAGCAGAGGGGUUUGA